UUCCCUACACACACACACACACACACAGUCCCAGGGUGCCUCUUCUGCAUUCACACUCACUCAAGCUUCCUUUCCUUUACACACGGCACUUACAGGCUUUACACUGCAGAUCAGGAUGUUCUCUAGUCUGGCUCGUUGUGCCUCCAGAGCGGCCCUGCAUGUGCUGAAAGGAGCCAAUCGUCCGUCUCAGGCAGCAAAACUGUCCUGUUUUGGAUAUCAGACACUGGCAGCGGUCCCACUACCUACUGGUGGAGUGAGCACAGUUGUUAGACACGCUCAAGCGCUGGACCACAAGCGGUUGCUACAGGUGGAAUGGGAUGACGGAAGCUGUAGUCUUUAUCCAUUUACCUGGCUUAGGGAUAACUGCCAGUGUCCUUUGUGCAUGCUGCAUUCAGCACAAGCUCGGAGUCUGCUCUUCAUUGACCUCGAUGUGCAUACUGGAAUAGACCAAGUGCAAAUAACUGAAAAUAACAAGGUUACCAUCACAUGGCCAGAUCAACACAGCAGUGAGUUUGAGCCCGACUGGUUAAAGAAAAGAUGCUUCUCGCCAGAGGCAAGACAAGCACGACAGGAGGAACUGUUUCUAAAUGAGCGUGAAUUAUGGGACUCUGCUCUGCAGAUCCCCAUGGCAGAUUAUGAAGAGGUUCUACAUGAUGAUAAAGCUGCUCUGGCCUGGCUAAUAGCCCUAAGGCGUGUCGGGAUCGUGUACCUGAAAGGGGCGCCUACUGAUCGGGGCCAGGUGGCAAGACUCGGACAGAGAAUCGGAUACCUCAGACUCACGUUUUAUGGACACACAUGGCAAGUGCAAGACAAGCCCAUGGCAAACAACGUAGCGUACACCUCAGGCAAGCUGAGCCUGCACACAGACUAUCCUGCUCUGCACCAUCCUCCUGGGGUGCAGUUCCUACACUGUCUGCAGCAGGCCGAGGAGGGUGGCGAGAGCGAGGUGGUGGAUGGCUUCCACAUGGCCGAGCUGCUCAGGAGAGAGGACCCCGAAGCAUUUAAUGUACUCGCGUCCCUCUACAUAGACUACACGGACACCGGCUCUGACUACUGCGACUUCAGCGUGCAGUCGAAGAACCGCAUUAUAGAUGUGGACAGAGACGGCCGUGUGGUGAGGAUAAACUAUAACAAUGCAACGAGAGACUCUGUCCUGGAUCUACCUCUCGAUCAGGUGCAGCCGUUCUACUCCUCCCUGAAGAGCUUCGUGGAGUUGAUGAGGCAGCCGGAAAACGUGGUCACCUACAGGAUGGAGCCAGGUGACCUGAUAACCUUCGAUAACUCGCGUCUCCUGCACGGUCGGAGGAAAUACCAGUCUCGGGGCAGGACCCUAAGACACCUAGAGGGAGCAUACCUGGACUGGGAUGAAGUCAUGUCUCGUCUGCGCGUCCUCAAAAAAGCCAUCCACGGAGACAGCUAGGGAUACCUCUCUGAUUUUUUAUUUUUUUUUAUCUGGAACACAAGUAUUGUCAGUAGGAGUCUAAGCUUGAAGCCGUACUUAUUGCACACUGCUUAGUUAAGGCGGAACCUUUAAGAACCAACAACUUGGUCUGAAAGUUAUCACACCAGGAUAAUAAUCUGGUAAAAAUGUGUUAGUCACCGAAUUUCCAUUUUGCUCUAUUGAACUGUAACUCAUAAAAGAUUACUUCAUGAGUGCAGUGGAUGUGAAGCUUAUGUUCUCACACCCAAGACAAAAUGAACUCAAGAGGUCCUAAUGUGGAACGUGCCAACAGUUGCUAAAACUC